AAACAAUUAAUUUAUCAGAUAUUUUCAAACUUUUUUUUUUUAGUUACUCGCGUUUAAUUUUUAAAAAUGUAUCUGUUUGCUGGCUAUCUUUUAAAUUGCUUUGAGAGAUGGUAAAAUCAGAUUUCUACUCGGAUGCAUUAAUUACUACAUCUUCUUUAGCAACUAGGAAAUGUCAGACUACUGGGAAUGGCCAGAUUUUAAAUUUUAAAUAAUCAGAAUGAAUAAAUAAAUAUUAGAGUAGAUAACAUUUUUUUAUGAAGUUUAUUUUAGAUAUCUAGUCUUUUACCGAAAGUCGAAUCUUACAAAUUAUGGAUUUAUUUUAUUAUUUCGUUUCUUGUACAAAACUUUAAUUUUUGAGAUAGAAAUGGAUGAAAAUGGAUAAUAAUUUUACUGCUUUAAAUAUUAUCAAUUCUAUAUUGCCUCAAGACGAUUUCGUUCUCUGUGCCACGGAGACGAUUUUGCGCCUUGGACUCCUCUGUGCUGUUAUAAAUAUAAAUUUAGAUAAGUCUCUCCACUUCUCUCUAGUCAUGACUAGAAACAGGACGUAAAGUGCAAAGUGGAAAGCCGCGUUCGAGAACAUUUUAAAGUGAAUCCCAGCCUAUUAAUCGUUUGAGGAUAGUCGUGCAUUCAUUCUGCCGGUUCCGACGAUGCCUUGAUAUAAGAUAAUAAUAGUCGUCUGUAUUUACGCCGCAGAUGUAGCAUCAGAAAACGGCGAGUCUAGGAUGCAGCGAAGUCAGCUGAGGGACAUCUCAUCCUGGAUGACGCGUUUAUUCCCGGAGCCUGGAGACGGUAGUAGUCGGAUGACCGAGGGGUUCAAGAUGUUCGGUUCGAAAAACAGCUCGCCCACCAGCACGUUUUACACCGAUCUGGAAAUCACGGAGGACAAGCAGGAGCUUCAGCAGGAGGACGAACAUUCCAAAGCGCCACGUUUGCCGGAGCAGCAGAGCACGACCAGCGAAAAUGGGAACUCGCAAGAUUCGGACACGGCAACGAGUGUUGAGGAGCAACGAUACGUCAGACAUUCCUUCCACAGGAUCGCCAGUUUCGGUGGCUUCCCACGAUUUCAGUCGUUUGUCAUGUCCGCUUCCACGCCCGCUGAAUGCAUCGACAUCACGAGGCACGAGGAGACUUCAACGGAGACGUCCUAUAUUAAAAUGUCGCAUAGUGUCCUAGAGUAUAGAAGUAGCAGGUACGUAGCUUCGGAGAGGAGGUCUCAUCAGUAUACAUUAGAUACCUACGCGGUAAGCGAAUCCGAGAGCGAGGAAGAGUCGGAAGAGACAAGAUCGUCGGAAACAGAUUCCGCCAUAGUGGCUGAUCAUACGGAAGAGUCGAUAUCGGAGCCUAAACUGCUCGCGAAGAAAGGUUCCCCUGAUUUGAAGCGAAAGAAGGCGUUACGUGUGGCGCAAGAGUUACUAGCGACUGAGAAAAAUUAUGUGAACAUUCUACAUCUGAUCGACCAGGUGUUCCAAUUCAGGGUCGAUCAGGAAAACAGAGCGCAUCCGAUGUUCCCUCCAGAGACUGUCCAGCACAUGUUUUCAAAUAUUAAAUCUAUUUAUAAAUUCCACAACGACUUUCUAUUGCCGCAAUUUGAAGAAAGGAUGCAAUGUUGGGAUUCAAAUCCGAAAAUCGGCGAUAUAAUGAAGAACUUUGCGCCAUUUCUCAAAAUGUAUACGGAAUACGUAAAGAAUUUUGACUACGCUAUGAAUUUGAUAAGCACACUGCAAAACAAAGUUCCCAGAUUUGCAGCGAUUGUUAACGAAAUUCAGAAGCUGGAUGAAUGUGCUAAAUUGUCGUUAGCACAUCACAUGUUGAGUCCCAUACAGAGGUUGCCGCGAUACGAGCUACUUCUCAAGGAUUAUUUACGAAAUCUCACCGAAGACAAUCCGGAUUACGAAGACACAAAGAAGGCUUUGGAAUUAGUGUCAACCGCCGCAAAUCAUACAAACGAAGCAAUGAAAAAAAUCGACAAAUUUAAAAAGCUUUUGGAAAUCCAAGAGAGCAUAUAUGAUGCAACUGAUCUAGUCAGUGCGACUCGCGAACUAAUAAAGGAAGGACGUAUAGUGAAAAUCUCAGCGCGUAGUGGGGAUCAUCAGGAGAGACAUUUGUUUUUGUUUAGCGAUUUAUUAUUACUCUGCUCAAUAAGACUGAUACCCGGGCCUAUGUACCGAUUAAGAGCUAAAUUUAUGGUGGAAAAUUUACAAGUAGUCGAAGGAGACAAUCUAGAAACCGCAAAUACUUUUUACGUAAGGGACGAAAAUAAAAGCGUCGAAUUAUAUACACAUGGUGCCGCAGAGAAGGCAGCGUGGCUGGAUGCACUGUUCCAAACGAUGCAGGAGAUUAUGAGACGCAAGGCCAGUCUGAAAACUGGGAAUGUUAAAACUUCUUUGGUUAAAGCUGAUGACGUAACUAGGUGCAUGGUUUGCGAAGUUAGUUUUUCUGUGAUGAAACGAAAGCACAAUUGUCGGGCUUGUGGAAUAGUGGUUUGUAGUAAAUGCUCAAAUCAGAAAUUAUUAUUUGAGGACAAUAAGAAUAUGAGAGUGUGCAGAUUAUGCCAUGCCGCGCUCACCCAACCGCUCACUAAAUCGCCGUCGUCACCGUCUGGACCAGUGCCAAGUUUGCUACAGGUAUCUGCGAGCGCGCCAUCGGUAUUAUCCGGAUACCUGUUACUGAAAACGCAGGCCAGUAAGCCUUGGACAAAGCGAUGGUUCUCGUUGCACGUUGACUUCGUUUUGUAUUCGUUCAAAUCGGAAUCGGAGAGCUUGGCCAUGACAGCGACGCCUAUGCCAGGCUUUAUGGUUACGGAAGGUACAAAAUUACCCGACGAAGACCCCUUGAACACAAAAGAUCGUAUAAGGGCAUUCAAGAUGCAUCAUUCGAGAAAAUAUUACUAUCUUCAAGCGUCUUCUCAAGAGGACAAGGAAAAAUGGAUGCACGCAUUGGAGUUGGCUACGAAGGCCGAACUACCUCAUUUUAUGCAGGUGGAAAACGAAAGCGCACAAGAAGAAAGUCAAUCGAUAAACGAUGUACAAUGAAUAUUCGUACCUUUUUAUCUACCAAACUAGCCAAUUUUAUACUAUUAUACUCGAACGAGAGGACGAUAUGGCAAUGUAAGAUAAUCGUUAGUAGCUAAUUAGCUAUAUUUAAAAUGACGUUAACUUAUGUUAUAUAUAUUAUAUUGUUAUUAGUAUAUACAUUACGAAAGAGAGAAAUCGAGUCAAUAGCGGCCGCUGCCGAAACGCUUGUUGUUUUGUAUAAUGUUCUGUUAUAGUAUAUUUAUAAAUAUAUAUGUCGUUCUAUCACGAUACGCUGUGCUGACCGUAAUAUGCAAUGGAAGUCGAUACGUCGUAAUGCUUGUAAAGAUAUAAUUAACGCGCUUCAGUGAUAGUAUGUUAUUUAAACCUACGCGCGAGAUCGUUUUUAUUAAAAUCGAUUUUGAAGUCGAUUUUUUUAAAUACGCAAUUCUAUAGUUUUAUCAAUAAAUUUAUUCGUCAAUUAAAAAUUUCAUAGCUUUUAAAUACAUCUUAGUAGUUCCUAUCUAGUUACGAACAUAUCGCAAUAAUUAGAAAUUUUAUUGCAUUCACUAGAGGCAGUUUGGCACGAAAGUGCAUUCGGCUGUCUGCUAAUUAUCCUGCACAUGUGCAUUUAUCACGUUUCUUGAAUUGCACAUACAGACUGUCAGCUGCGUACGUGAACACGUGAAAGACAUCAUUGUCAUUUAAAAUAUCCUUUUCGUUUGUUUCGUAGCAGAGUGUAAUUCGAAAGGAUCGUGAUAUUAAUGUCACUUUCACAGUUAAUAGGUCUAAUUUGUUCUUAAAAAUUUAAGAUAAAUUGUGUAAAUUCAUACGUCCAGUUGAUAUAUAUGUGUAAAAAAGAAAAUUAUGACAUAUCUCUUUUUACGUGAUAAAUUUUUUAUAAUCGACCUAUACGUUAUUAGAGCCUAAUACUGAAUGCCAAAGAUUCAAAACUUUUUAUUCUCUACCUCUGUUCUAAAUGGAAUAAAGUUUUGCAGAUAGAAGACUAUUUAGAAUUCGUUGUUUUUUUUACAAAAACACACCUUUUUCAAAUUAUUAAUCCAAAAUGUUGCAACUGGAAAUGAAAAUGAAUGUAGUAGUUAAGAUUCUUUCCUCAACGUAUACGUCUAUAUCUCUGUAUAGAAUGGCUUAAUAUAUUUAUUUUUAUUUUAUGUGAAAACGUAAUCGCGCACAUACAGAAUAGAUGCGAUUGCGAUCAAAGUUUCCUUUGCCAUCAAAGCGCGUUGCUCCGUAAGCUUUAUAACAGAUAUUAUCGAAUCAAUAAUGUUAAUAAAUCUUUCACAUCUUGUCUCAAGAAUUUAAUGAACUAUAUACAUAUACGGAAAAAUAUAUUGAAGUUUGUAACAAUUUAUAACAAUUUGUAUAUUGUAACGACUUAUACCAGUUAUACCAAUGGUUUUAUUUCGAUAAACAUUGAUCAAUUUCAGUUACAAAAAUCUUGUAUAUAAUUUAAGGACUAUAAUCCAAUCUUUAUUUAAAAAUAAAAGGAAGUAUCUACAGAAUACUUAAACAUUUAAUCUAUUUGGCAUCUGUUAACUAUCUUUUUUGCGUUGAAGUUAAGUCAUUUCCCACUCUCGUUUAUUAUAUAACAAAGAGUAACUGAUAUUUUCAUGUCAGAAGAUAAACCAUGAAAAAAAUUCAAUAGCUGCUGAUUGGUAUAAGCUCGUAAAUUUAAAAAAGAUGUAAAAAAGAUGUAAAAAGUGAUCAUGUGUGUCACAAAACAUUUGUUUAGACAAUUUUUUUAUUUUUAAAUGAUACUUGUAUGCCUUACGUUCCUAUUUAUUUUGAAAAAGUAGAAUGCGUCAAUUUUUAUUGAUACUGCAGUCUAAUGAAUAUAUGUAUACACAUUUAUCACUUGAACGUAUCUAAGAGUAAAAUGAACUGAUAAUAUGUAUAUGUUAAUUGUUACGCGACAUAAAUUUCAUUAAUGAGAUAAGAUAAAUAUACAAAAUUGUGUAUAUAUGUUCGUUCCGCUCCAGAGUGUCAACGGAAGUCGUAUUGCACAUUUCUCCCAGUGAAAUUACAAACUUCUGCGUUAUAAUGAAGUGCUUGGUAUUCGCUUUAAUUAUGAUCGCUAUCAACAGCAUAACGGCUGCUCCUAGUUCUGAAGAUUUUGAGAAAGUAUGCUCUCCCUGGCUCGAAUAUUGUCAGGUCACCGACCAAUGCUGUCGUGAUUUAGUAUGCUUGGAAUAUGCGGCUAAAUGUGUUCCUGGGAAAAUUGCAAAUGAUAACAGACCUAUCGGAGAUGGACCAUUCCCUCUAGAGGAUUAAAACGAGGGAGAUUCGAUUUUUACGGAUAUUAUUGCAAGAGUGAAAGUAAGAAUGCUAAAUGCAUAAUACAAUUCGAAUGAUUAUAUUAGAUAUCGCUUUCACGUUACAAGAUAAAUGUUUAAUAUGUAUACAUAUAUGUGUGUAUUAAUGCGCUUAUUUAGUAAACAAUUUGUUUUAUGUUUAUUCAAAUUGUAUAUUUACUAUAGUUACAUAUUGCAUUUUUCUUGGUUGUAACGUUUCAUUUUAUCAGUAAAGUGAAUUUAUUAAAGAUAUGUAAGCGUUAAAAAA